CACAAUUAGAAUGCUCGCACGUUCUCCAAACCGUGGCCCAAACUAGUUGUGGCAGCUUCGCGCAGUCGCAAGCACCGUCGAGGUGAUGUGCUAGCGGCGAUGUCGGCGGCCAAGAAGACGACGGCGUGCGUGACUGGAGGGAACGGGUACAUCGCCUCCGCACUCAUCAAGAUGCUGCUGGAGAAGGGCUACGCCGUCAAGACGACGGUCAGGAACCCAGAUGACAUGGCGAAGAACUCCCACCUCAAGGACUUGCAGGCGCUCGGCCCCCUGGAAGUCCUCCGCGCCGACCUUGACGUAGAAGGCAGCUUCGACGACGCCGUCGCCGGCUGCGAUUACGCCUUCCUCGUCGCCGCUCCGGUGAACAUGGCGGCGGAGGAUCCAGAGAAAGAGCUGAUCGAGCCAGCCGUCCGAGCAACGCUCAACGUGAUGAGGUCGUGCGUGAAGGCGGGGACGGUGAGGCGCGUGGUCCUGACCUCGUCGGCGGCCGGGGUCUACAUCAGGCCGGAGCUGCAAGGCGACGGGCACGUCCUGGACGAGGAGUCGUGGUCCGACGUCGAGUACCUCAGGGCCAAGAAGCCGCCGCUCUGGUGGGCGUACUGCGUGUCCAAGGUGCUCCUGGAGAAGGCGGCGCGCAGGUUCGCGGAGGAGCACGGCAUCAGCCUCGUCACCGUUUGCCCCGUCUCCACCGUGGGCGCAGCGCCGGCCCCGAUCGUCAGCACCAGCGUCCCAGCCUGCCUCUCAUUCCUGUCCGGCGACGAAGCAGGGCUCGGCGCGCUCAAAGGCAUCGAGAAGACCUCCGGCGCGGUGCAGCUGGUCCACGUCGAUGACCUCUGCCGCGCCGAGCAGUUCGUGGCCGAGGAGGCGUCGGCGGCGGGGAGGUACAUCUGCUGCGGCGUCAACACGACCGUCGUCGAGCUCGCGCGCUUCCUGGCGCACAGGUACCCGCAGUACGGCGUGGAAACAAACUUCGCCGGUGAUCAGCUCCUCGAGAAGCCGAGGGUGCGCCUGUCGUCUGCCAAGCUGGUUAGGGAAGGGUUCGAGUUCAGGUACAAGAACCUGGACGAGAUGUACGACGACGUCGUCGAGUACGGCAAGGCACUGGGAAUUCUGCACUACUGAAAUAACGAUGACGAUGCUCCUCUGAUCUGCUUCCCAUACAUUGUACUCAUGCUCUGGCUCUACAUUGUGUAAUCUAUCAUCAGAUACCUUCAAUAACAACGUCCACGAUGUUUCGCAA